AUGGAUAACACAUCAAUAAGCAGCCAAAUCCUGCAAAUCGAGGGCUUUGAAAUCUCACAACUGUUUGUGUACCCUUUGUUUUUCUUGAUGCUGUUUGUCUAUCUCACCCUCCUGGUCUCCAACAUCGGAGUCCUCGUUCUUAUCAUCACUGACAGGGGCUUGCACCAGCCCAUGUAUCUCCUGUUCUGUAACCUCUCUGUCAACGAUCUGAUCGGGAACACCGUCCUGAUGCCUCGCUUGAUGUCCGAUGUUGUUUCCACCGAGCGGCUCAUCUCUUACAGUCAGUGCGUGCUGCAGGCAUUCUGCAGUCACACGUUUGGAUCAGCCUCGCACAUGAUACUGAUCAUAAUGGCCGUCGACAGGUACGUGGCCAUCUGCCACCCCUUGCGGUACACCUCGAUAAUGACCACCAGCACUGUGGUGAAACUUUCUGCCUCCGCCUGGGGGGCUUCACUCGUUCUGGUGUCCAUCUUACUGGGCUUAACCAUCCGGUUGUCCCGAUGCAGAUCCACCAUUUUAAACGCCUUCUGCGACAACGCCUCCUUGUUCAAGUUGUCCUGCGAGGAUGUGUCGAUCAAUAACAUCUACGGGUUGUUUUUCACCGUUGUGCUGUUUGCGUCCUCGAUGAGUAGCAUAGCUGUCACCUAUUUCAGAAUCGCUGUCAUUUGCUGGACCAGAAAAAGCAAGGAUCUUAACAACAAGGCGCUGCAAACCUGUGCCAGCCAUUUGGUCCUCUAUCUCAUUAUGCUGUGGUCAGGGUUUUUGACCAUCAUUUUACAUCGCUUUCCAAAUUACCCGGACUUGAGAAAACUGGCCUACAUUUUAUUUCAUGUCGUUCCUGCUAAUUUAAAUCCCAUUAUCUAUGGACUCCAGACAAAAACGUUAAGAGAGAAAAUUGUGCAGAUAUUCAAACACAAAGUGACAGCCACUUAA